UGCAAAAUUUUGACAGGCACAGAAUCAGCCACACAAGUACCCAAUUUGAGCACCAAAUUCAAUAUCUCAUAUUUUUUUCUCUAUCCACAAAAACCUUUGAGAACACAGGUAAGACCCUUUACGCAAGUUUCAUUCUUUUCCUCUCAAUGUUUCAAUUGUUCUGAGUUUCUGUAACUCAGAUUGAACUGGGUUGUUUUUAAUUCUCUUGUUUGCACAUGAAACUGUAGUGGGUUCUUUUAGUUUUUCUUGUUUACUAAUGAAAUUGUAGAGGUGGGUUUUGUUUUGUGCAAGUGGAAGAGCUUGUCUUUCUUAUAAAUGGGUUCAAUGGUAGUUCUUGUAGGAAAUAUGCCUUCUUUAGCUUCUUUGAUUAGCUUAGGGAGUCUAAGUAUGGCAGUAGGCACCUCUACUUCUUCAGAAACAUCAUCUUAUUCGUCUUCGUAUUCGCUUGUUCGACGAGUUUCUUUAUCGAAAAGGGGCCAUAGAAGCUCCAAUACAUGGCAUUGUCUUUGUAAAUAUUCUGUCACUACCACCACUGAUUUAACUACUGAUCAAGGCAAUGCUGUAUCCCCUGAUAAUAAUACUUCAUUUAGGGCAAGUAGUAGUAAUGGUGGUGAUGUUGAUGCCGGAAUCUUGCUUAAGCCUGCUCCUAGGCCUGUGUUGAAAUCUUCGGUGGGGUCUAAGGGCGAUUCUGUUUUAGGAAUGGGCUCCGGUGAGUUGGAUACUAGAGAUUCUGAUGAUGAUGAGAAAGAGAGGAAUAAGGUAAUUGAGUCUCUUGGCGAGGUUUUGGAGAAGGCUGAAAAGCUUGGAACUUCUAAACCAAGUGGAGUAGAUAGUCUUAGUAAUAGUAGGAAAAGUAAUGGAAAUGUAGAUAGAAUCACACCAUCUAAUACGGGCAUUAAUUCAAGAAUCUCUCAAUCGGAGAAUUCAGCUGCUGCACGCAAGACUAAAACUUUGAAGAGUGUAUGGCGGAAAGGGGAUUCUGUUGCCUCUGUGCAAAAAGUUGUGAAGGAAGCUCCUAAGACUAAUAGAAAGUUUGAGAAAGAAGAACCUAUAAUAGGGGAAGGGACAAAAGUAGAAUCUCAAUCUAGUGCUCCUUUAAGACCUCCACAGCCACCACUAAGGCCUCAACCCAAGUUACAGGCAAGGCCAUCUGUAGCUCCCCCUCCCCCUCCCUCGCCUAUGGUGAAAAAACCAGUCAUUUUGAAGGAUAUUGGAGCUGCUCCAAAAUCACCAUCUAGCGAUGAACUUGAUUCAAAAACUAGUGGAAGGCAGCCAAUUUUAGUUGAUAAAUUUGCCCGCAAAAAAUCAGCUGUAGAUCCUUUAAUUGCCCAGACAGUUUUAGCCCCUACAAAACCUGGAAAAGGCCCAGCCCUUGAAAAGUUCAAGGAUCGAAAGAAAGGUGUUUCACCUGGAGCACCACGGAGACGUUUUGUUGAUGAUGGUGAGAUUCCUGAUGAGGAAACAUCAGAACUGAAUGUUUCCAUUCCAGGUGCAUCUAUGGCAAGAAAAGGGAGGAAAUGGAGUAAAGCUAGUCGAAAGGCUGCUAGACUCCAGGCUGCCAAAGAAGCAGCCCCUGUCAAGGUUGAAAUUCUAGAGGUUGGAGAGGAAGGUAUGUCACUAGAGGAGUUAGCCUACAACUUGACCAUUGGUGAAGGUGAAAUUCUUGGAUACCUAUACUCAAAGGGAAUUAAACCUGAUGGGGUGCAAACUCUGGAUAAGGACAUGGUAAAGAUGGUAUGUCAGGUAUAUGAUGUGGAGGUCAUAGAUGCUGAUCCUGUUAGAUUAGAUCAAAUGGCAAAGAAAAAAGAAAUUUUUGAUGAAGAUGAUCUUGACAAGCUAGAAGACAGGCCUCCAGUUCUUACAAUAAUGGGUCAUGUGGACCAUGGAAAGACAACCCUACUCGAUUACAUUCGUAAAAGCAAGGUGACUGCUUCAGAAGCUGGUGGAAUUACUCAAGGAAUCGGAGCAUAUAAAGUUCUCGUCCCUGUUGAUGGGAAGUUGCAACCUUGUGUUUUCCUUGAUACUCCUGGACAUGAGGCAUUUGGGGCUAUGAGAGCUCGUGGGGCAAGGGUGACAGAUAUUGCUAUUAUUGUGGUGGCUGCUGAUGACGGAAUUCGUCCCCAGACAAAUGAGGCUAUAGCUCAUGCCAAAGCAGCUGGAGUUCCGAUUAUUGUUGCUAUAAAUAAGAUAGAUAAAGACGGGGCUAAUCCUGAAAGAGUCAUGCAAGAUCUUUCUGCAGUCGGUCUUAUGCCUGAAGAAUGGGGCGGUGACAUCCCAAUGGUUCAGAUCAGUGCUCUCAAGGGAAAUAACAUAGAUGAUUUGCUAGAAACUGCUAUGCUUGUUGCUGAGUUACAAGAGUUGAAGGCUAAUCCCCAUAGAAAUGCAAAGGGUAUAGUUAUUGAGGCAGGUCUUGAUAAAUCCAAAGGUCCAGUAGCUACAUUUAUUGUGCAGAAGGGCACAAUAAGAAGAGGGGAUGUUGUGCUUUGUGGAGAAGCCUUUGGAAAGGUUCGUGCUUUAUUUGACGAUGGUGGGAAACGAGUUGAUGAAGCUGGACCAUCUAUUCCUGUGCAGGUUAUUGGUUUGAAUAAUGUACCAGUUGCUGGCGAUGAAUUUGAGGUUGUUGAUUCUCUUGAUAUUGCACGAGAAAAGGCAGAAGCACACGCUGUGUUAUUGCGAGAUGAACGUAUAACAGCGAAAGCCGGAGAUGGAAAGGUUACUCUUUCUUCCUUAGCAUCGGCUGUUUCAUCAGGAAGGCUCUCUGGAUUAGCCUUGCACCAGCUGAAUAUUAUAUUGAAAGUUGAUGUUCAGGGAUCUAUUGAAGCUCUCAGACAAGCCUUACAGGUGCUCCCUCAAGAAAAUGUCACCUUGAAGUUUCUGUUACAAGCAACAGGGGAUGUAAACUCCAGUGAUGUUGAUCUUGCCAUUGCCAGUGGAGCUAUUAUUUUAGGGUUUAAUGUCAAAGCACUCGGUUCUGUCAAGAGCUAUGCAGAAAAUAAAGGUGUUGAGAUUCGGCUCUACAGAGUUAUCUAUGAUCUAAUUGAUGAUGUACGGAAAGCAAUGGAAGGACUUCUCGAGCCUGUUGAGGAACAAGAAACAAUUGGCUCAGCAGACGUUCGGGCUGUAUUUAGCAGUGGAAGUGGUCGUAUUGCUGGAUGCAUGGUAACAGAUGGGAAAGUAGUGAAAGGUUGUGGCAUUAAGGUUGUUCGAAAUCGAAAGGUAGUCCAUGUUGGUGUUCUUGAUUCCUUGAGACGAGUGAAGGAGAUUGUGAAAGAGGUAAAUGCCGGGCUAGAGUGUGGUAUCGGGGCGGAAGAUUACGACGAUUGGCAGGAAGGAGAUGUUAUCGAGGCCUUCAACUCAGUUGAGAAGAAGCGAACUCUUGAAGAGGCGUCAGCUUCAAUGACAGCUGCCAUAGAAGAAGCAGGAUUACAUAGAUCUUGAGGUUUCAGAAUUGGGAAAUUCACAUUUCCGGAUUGAAUCAAAGCAUUAUAUUUCAAAUGGUCAAUAGCAGAAUUGUUUAGGUGCUCGGACAUUGUUCAGCGUGAAGAAUCCAUAAAUGGGCCGCCGUUGCCGUGCAAGUUACUUCAAGUUGCCUAGCACCCGGGAAAUCCGAGCUUGUAAUAAUUUUGCCCGAUUUGUUGUAUGGCUAUUCACUUUUGUAAAUAAUGCUUAUAUUUAUAUCAAUUACAUCUUAGCUUUUAUGUAAAGAAGGAAUCAAGAGAGUUCCUUGCUGUGGAAAUACAUUGUAAUGUCAUUCAUACAAGACAAGAAAAUUUAUGUGAUGAUGCUCUUAA